AUGAAUCGCAUGCCUCCUCCCGAAGGGCCGCAUGCGCCUCCGGGCACGCAUCCUAGCUACGAACCAUCAUGGCGCCCUCCAUAUCCUCCAUCCUUCGAUCCGCACCCAGCCGAUGCCCGCCGUCCCUCUUCAACCCAGGCGCCUAUUCCAAGCUAUUCAGUCAUGCCCGGCCGCGAGCUACCCGGGUUAUCACCAGACGGACCCUACGGUCGUCCCAAUGGUCUCCAACCGCACGCGCCCGUACAUUCCCCGCAAGAUCCAACUCCCCCUCAUGGUUUCCGCCAGCCAAUCAACGGUGCCCCGCACGAGGCUUCACCAGAAUACCGUCCUCGCAUGUCUUAUCCGCCAGCCGAUCAGAUCAGUAGCGCGGAGCAUACACCUUCUGCGGGCCCGCUGCCCCCAGCAUCACAAUUCAUGACCCCCGGUCCGUCAAUGGCCCCAGCGACCCCGGUGGGCGGCUAUGAUCCGAAUUAUUACCAGAACCAGGCGUAUGGAGCGCGUCAACGAAAAGCGGCUCGUGCCCAGCAGGCCUGUGACCAAUGCCGCGCUAGGAAAGCGAAGUGUGACGAGGGACGACCAGGUUGCAGUCAUUGUAAAGAGAAUAACCUGACCUGUGUCUACAAGGAAGUGCCUCCUCACAAACAAGAGAAGAGCACGCAACUUUUGAUAGAUCGAAUCACGCACCUGGAGGAUACUUUGGUUCAGAAGAUCGACUUGCUAACCGCUGGCACCCACGGGCACGACCAACUGCUCAGAGAGUGGCUACAACACUCUAAACCGACAACCUCGUGGCCUGGCAAAGAUCGUUCGCACCUGCCACCAAUCCCACCGGCGCCUGUUCAAGAGCCAGUUCUCAAACAAGAGCCACCCACGCCUUCCAUGCUGAGUUCAAAUGGCAUGGCAGUCUUAGAUCCUGGCAGUCAGGAUGUGGGCACUUCGCAUUACGGUCAGAAGCUGGGACCUGUGGAGGUUUUUGAGGAUGCUAAAAAUGAUCAGGAGGGCGAGCUUUCGAUUCCUGUGGAGCACACUACUGCAGCUCACAAGCUCUUGAUGUGGCCCUCGAUCAAGAAAUUGCUGUACCCUGAGGUGUAUGAUGAAGACUAUGUCAUGCGCUUGGAGGAAGAGCGCGGUCUUAUCAGUGUCUAUGGCCAGGGAGAGAUUUCAUACACUGCGGAUGACAGUCAACUACCGGGAGGCACAGGCAUGCGUGAUGGCGGCGUGAACGGUGCUCAACCAGACGGAGACGGCGCAGGGGUAGAUUCGGAUGUUGACAUUGACAAGUUUGGUAACCUGAACCUGGAUGUUGCAACCGCUCAGCGCUACUAUCAGAGCUACAUGAACCACAUGUACAAGCUUCACCCGUUCAUUGACCAGGGUGAGCUUGAUCAAAAGGUCGAGAGCUUUAUUCGAUGCUACUGCCGUCUAACCCCGUCCCCGAUGCCAAGGAACACCCAGAUGGGCAAUGACGGCCCACGGCCAGCGAAGCGGAAGCGUUCUAAUGAAAGCUUGGGCGCGCGAGGCGAGUUCUUGAGCACGAGUUCUACACCGGCACGACCACGUGUUGGGAGGAACAUCGACAAUGCUGUAGUCAUGCUGUGUCUGGCUCUUGGUGCGAUUUGCGAAUGUCCUGCUCCCAUUCCUGGGCCUAUCAUGGACCAGAAGAUUGAUUAUCGUAGCCAGCACAUUCCCAGUCCCCUGCCACCAAUGCCUGUCGGAAGCGGGCAAUUUGGCGUCAAUGGUGUGCUCUCGCCCGCGAAUUCUGAUUCUGCCUUACAGAUGGCGACACCCUUAUACACGGUGCCUAUGCAGGCUACAAGCCAGUCCUUCGGGCCAACAUCAACAACAACUGCCGAACCUCGCAGAAACCUCUCCCGGCGAUCUGUGUCACACACCCGUGACGAAGCUGGACAUACGAAGAAUUACCAGGUCAUUCCUGGUCUGACACUUUAUGGAUUUUGUACUGAGAUUCUGGGUCACCUGCAAGGUGCCAACGAACUGGAACACGUCCAGGCGGCGCUACUUGCCGGUCUUUAUGCCGGACAAUUGGCCCAUCCGUUCCAGAGCCACAGCUGGAUCUCUCAGGCUUCGAGGGCUUGCCAGGUGCUGGUGAGAACAAAGCGUUAUGAGAGACUUGGAGAAGGGGCUGUGCUGGAUCUCUACAAUUUUGCAUACUGGACUUGUCUACAGCUAGAGAGUGAUCUUCUCGCAGAGCUCGAUAUUCCAGCGAGUGGCAUCUCGCGUUCCGAAAGCCGUAUGACGCUUCCUAAAGGAAGAUUCACGCUACCCCUCCCUGACGACCACGACGACCCUGCUACCGCGGUGAUGUUGCAUUACUCGGCCCAGAUCCAUCUCCGCAAAGUCCUCAAUCGAGUACACACCGACCUUUACAAGGUCGAAAAGCAAGGCCAGAGACGGUGGUCGUCAACCGUCCAAGAAGCUCUAAGCAUGAACCUUGACCUCUGGCGCACAAGUCUACCAGUCAGUAUGUUGUGGAAAGACUCGGACCCACCAUCCAACGAGAUCAACGCUGCUCGCAUGCGUGCUAAGUAUUACGGUGCGCGGUAUAUCAUCCACCGACCUCUCCUCUACCAUGCCCUGCACUAUGGCCAUACUGGUGCCCGCAUAGGUCCCAUUGGCCAAACUACCAAGGUGGACUCGCCCACCUCAACACAACAAAUGUCUCCCUCUAUGCUGCACUCAAACCGGGCGCCCAACAUGUCCCGAAUGUCCAGUGACAUGGGUUCAAGUUCCUCCCUCGGUCACGCCUGGGUUCCUCCCAAGGUCGCACUCCGGGACCUUCCAGCAAAGCUUCGCCGCGCCUGUAAAGUCUGCAUCGACUCUGCGAUUCUGAGUACGGAGGCUUUUGAUGGUGUUGGUGGGCAUCGGUUGGUGGUAACCAAUAUCUUUGGCACAGCACACGCUCAAUUCGGCAACAUGCUCGUCCUCUCCGCCACCUACAUGUCCAGCCUAAGGGAACUGGUCGACACAGAAAUCCUCGACCGCCUACUCAGACGGACAAUAUGCUUCCUCGCCCAAAACGAAAACAUCUCUCCCACCCUCCGCGCCGACGCCCGUAUCCUCACUGAGAUUUAUCACAAGAUCUUCGACAAAGAGCCUGAUCUGAGGAAUCUCCCGCCUGGUAUUAACGUAAACUACCGUUGA